UCCAAACCAAUGGCUGUGCGGCUAACCUCAGAGGCUGCGAUCAUCGCCAGCUCUUUAAAAAAAACCUUGAAUCCACCCUAAGAAACGGCGAAUCUCGUCGCAGCUAUCACGUCGCACUUGUAACCAAUCUCUCAAUAAUUCAUACUUGUGCUGUUUAUCACUGAAGUUCCUGGCAACUGUACAGACAGUUCACGUAUUGUGGAGACUGUCCAAAAUUGAAGUCGAGACCAAGGACUAUUUCAACAACAUCUACAAAGAAGGCGACACUUCAAAAUUGUCACUGACAACGUUUCUGUGUCUUGUACUCCAAAAAUUCGACACUUUCACAGAUAGUUUCAUGCUUCCACAGACAAUAAACGAUGAUUUGAGCCUUUUCUUCUGUCAGAUGUAUGCACCUCUAAUUUCAUCUUGGAGAGAGGAUUUCAAUAACGCAGUCAACAAUGAUCAUCAGAAGCAUCUGGAGGCAGUUGCAGAAAUAUUUCUUGUCAUGAACCAUACUGUCUGGGAUCAUAUUGGGUGUACCGAUGCCAAGAAGACUUUGGAAUUACAAGUCUGCAACCAGGAAUCGAUUGAUUAUGAAACCUGGGCUAAAUUGUGUGAAUUCUGCAGCAUAGAGUACAUGCGAGAUUUUGCUAAUAGGGUCGAUUGGAGCGAAAGUAGAUUCGACUCAACAAUCACAAUCUUCUGGUACAAAAAAAUUUAUGGCAGCUAUCCAACGGAGAGCAUGUUUGCUUCACGACAGGAUUUCUUAAACUUCCAGAAUCAAUUGGUAGCGCAAAUUUACGAGGGAUAUGAUAUAAAUCGUAUUUUAUUCAAAGACAGUGUUUCCUCUGAUAGUCUUUCGGCGGUUAAAUACUUCUGGAACAAACUAACUGAUGUGCAACAACUGGAACUGUCGUCAGAAGGAAGUUUUUUCAAAACUCAGAGUAUUUCCACCGCAGUCUAUCUACUCAGUGCAAUAGACUUCAAUUAUUUGCCUGGAAAUACCAUGGAUUGUGGUCCAUGGUCGUAUUUGUUGGUUUGGCCGUGGGUGAUGUUCAUUGAUAGUUGGAUCCACCAUUUUCAAAUCAUGGACAGAUGUCACUUUGCUACUAUUUUCAGGACCUUAGUUGUACAGAGAAGGAAGGACCAGAGUACUGUAAUUGAAGAAUUCACAAGGAGACAAAUUCGGAGUCAUCUGUAUGCAAAGUAUUAUGUACCUUGUGAGAAACUGUGGAGGCUAUAUUGUGAGAAAUUUGGAACCAUGGAUGGAAUAGCAGAUAAAAUUUCGGGAUUAAUGUUCGGUUCAGAAGAUAUUCAACUUUGUAAAAUUAUUAUGGCCGGAUCCCCAGGUGACUGGAGGAGACAAUGUUUGGUUGCCAUAGGAGAGUACUGCAAAAUUCUCUCGUCACAAUACUCUCUCAGUGUUCUCCCGAAUCAAGAUUUUCGUGACAAGUUUAUGGCGGUGGUACUGGUGAAUAAUGAGGAAAGGCAAAGGUUCCGAGAAAUUAUGCAUGAAGUCUACAAUCAGUAAAUGGUGAUUUCACAGGUAGUUUGGAGUUCCAUCGAAUUUUUAAUGAUCAGAAUGUCGAGAAUUCAACUUACUUUACUAAUUUUAAGGGUACUAUCCGUUUUUUAACUUCACGUAUCAACAGAUUUUUAUAAUAAGUGGAAAUAUCUCUCACGAAUCCGCUUGUGCGAUAAUCGUCUGGAUAUGUUUCAGCCCUGAAUUGCGCGAAAAUAAUUGAGGCUCAUUAUUGUUCCCCACAGUAAUGAAAAUAACUUUGCUCAAUAAAAUAAUUUUAUUAUUAUCUGGUAGAUGAUCGACAAUUAAUUGAUAAUUGAGGUUUUUCUUUCGUGUGAGCCUCUUUCUAUAAUGUAUUUCGUGAUACGGUGGAAACAUGUUCACGUCAUAUUCCAACUUUCCGAAUUUUGUAACUGGAUUAUAUAUGUAAUAAUUUAGCCUUGUAAUUCGUUUCAUAUACUGUUGGGUCUCAAGUUCCUCGAUACA